CUGCGGCUGCGUGUGGCCGCCCCAACCCCGGCAAAGUUUCUCGUCCCUUCCCCGGGGCUGCUGCGAUUUCCAUUAAUAGCCAGCUGAGCCUCCCGGCUAAAAAUAACCCCCGGCCCUCUUCAUAAGGCACCGCCGGCCACCCCCCGGGCAGCACCGCACACCAUGGCCGAGCGCCGCGUCCCCUUCACCUUCCUGCGCAGCCCCAGCUGGGAUCCCUUCCGCGACUGGUACCAUGGCAGCCGCCUCUUCGACCAGUCCUUCGGGAUGCCCCACAUCCCCGAGGAUUGGUACAAGUGGCCGAGCGGCAGCGCCUGGCCGGGAUAUUUCCGCCUGCUGCCCCGGGAGACCGCGCUGAUGCCGGCCCCGGGCUCGCCCUUCGGGACGGCGCUGAGCCGCCAGCUCAGCAGCGGCAUCUCCGAGAUCCGCCAGACUGCCGACAGCUGGAAGGUCACCUUGGACGUCAACCACUUUGCACCUGAGGAGCUGGUGGUCAAGACCAAGGAUAACAUCGUGGAGAUAACAGGCAAACACGAGGAGAAGCAGGAUGAACACGGCUUCAUCUCCAGGUGCUUCACCCGAAAAUACACCCUCCCCCCCGGUGUCGAAGCCACGGCCGUGCGAUCCUCACUGUCCCCCGAUGGAAUGCUCACGGUGGAGGCCCCCCUGCCCAAACCCGCCAUCCAGUCCGCGGAAAUCACCAUCCCCGUCACCGUCGAGAGCCAGGCCAAGGAACCAGCCAAGAAGUAGGCGGCACCCAGGAGGAGGAGGAAGAGGAGGAGGAGAAGCCGCCACCGCCCCCAUCCCCAGCUGCCCCCUCGCACCCGCCCCCUUUUUACUGUUGAUUUUGUACUCGUCCUGUCACCGAGUGCCUUGAAUAAAUGUGAAGGAACAGACAUUAUCAGCUGGAAUAAAAACUGGUGAAAGAAA